AUGGCCUGUGCUCGCUGGUGCCCUCCACACUUCGCAGGUGUCAACAUCACUGCCUGUAGCUGCCUUCAGGGAUUCAUGCCUUCAUCUGGGGAGAUUAUCACCUACCCUUCAGAGAACUGUGAUGAGAUCUCCUUCCCCACCUGGGCCCUUCCCCGGAGAAUCAAGAGCCAGAGUCUCUCCCACUUCUGUGAAAAAGUCCAGGAUCCGGGCAGAGACUUCAGGCCUGCCUCAGCCAAGGACACCAUCAAGAAUGUCAUCAAGGCAUUGGAUGAGCUACUGGAAGUCCCUGGAGACCUGGAGGCCCUGACCCUGCCUGACUGGCACCACGUAGCCACCUACCUGCUGUUGUACCUGGAAGAAGUCCUGAGGACCCUGACCAAAAUCAUACCUGAACCCUCCUUCACCUACCAUUCCCGUUUGGACACAGAAGCUAGGAGCAAGGGAAUGGAACCAUCACCGUGGGACAGAGCCACACACAUGCAGCUGAACUGGGCUGAGGCAGUUGGAGUCAGGGAGCUGGGCCUCACCCUGGCAGGCUUAUUCUCCAGAUGCAACAUGCAGAAAUUGCUGGCCAAUGCUUCACUGGAGCUGGACCCUGAGAAGAAAGCCCAGCUGGAAAGCACACAUGGAGGUCUUGUUGGUGGUGGCCAGCCCAGGCUCCUCUCUGCUGUCAACAUGGUCUUUCUGAGCAACAAGAACAUGGAGAAACUAGGCUCCCCUGUCAACUUCUCCUUCUCCCACCCUGAGGAGAAGCCCCGUCCACGGCAGGAGCUAAUUUGUGCCUUCUGGAAGGGUGACAAUGAUAGUGGCAGAUACUGGGCCACCACAGGUAGCUGGAAGGUGGGCAGCAGGAAUGGCAGCACCACCUGCCAAUGCAGACACCUGAGCAGUUUUGCCGUCCUCAUGGCCCACUAUGACGUGGAGCAGAAUUAUUCCACCCUGAGUGUGAUUACAUACAUGGGGCUUAGCCUCUCUCUGCUGUUCUUUCUCCUGGCAGCCCUCACCUUCCUGCUGUGCAAAGCCAUCCAGAACACCAGCACCUCCCUCCACCUGCAGCUCUGCAUCUGCCUCUUCCUGGUCCACCUGCUCUUCCUCACGGCCAUCGACAGAGCAGAGCCCCAGGUACUGUGCGCCAUCAUCACGGGUGCCUUACAUUACUUCUUGGCCUCCUUCACCUGGGUGCUGCUGGAGGGCUUGCAGCACCUCUUCCUCACCGCACGCAACCUGAUGGUGGGCAACUACUCCACUGUGAGCAGGUUCAUGAAGUGGCUCAUGUUCCCUGUGGGCUACAGAGUCCUGGCCACCUCUACAGAUUUGGGGCAUAACAUUUAUGGAAGAAGUUCCUCCUGCUGGCUAAGCACAACAAAUGGAUUUCUGUGGAGCUUCUUUGCACCCGUCUGCCCCAUCAUCUCUGUCAAUCUAACUUUCUUUCUGAUGAUUCUCUGGAUUUUGUAAAGCAAACUCUGUUCCCUCAACACUGAUGUGUCCACCCUGCAGAAUACAAAGAUGCUUAUGUUUAAAGUUUUGGCUCAGCUCUUCACCUUGGGCUGCAUUUGGUGUCUGGGAGUCCUGCAGCUGGGCCCAGCUUCCCAAGCCAUGGCCUAUCUCUGCACCAUUAUCAACAGCCUGCAGGGUGUCUUCAUCUUCCUGGUGUACUGUCUCCUCAACCAACAGGUACCACAGUCCAACACCCACCUACAAUGGUUGAAAGCAGUCAGGAUAAUCAAAGUGGACUCUGAGAAGUACACCUUCUCCAGCAGGGCCACACCUGAAGCUUACAAGCUCAGCAUGGUAAUGUACCACAUUGCUCCCAGAGCCCUUUGCUAA